UUGAGCGGCGGAGGUCUGCUGUGUUUGGUGCUCCGCGCCGAAGCCGACGACUGAGGACACUUUGGGGAUCGCCUUGAGAGUUUUGUUCCAGUUCAAACCCCCGCGCCGCUGUUGGACUUUAUCCUCUGAUCUGCAGCUGGGAAACCGUCCACCAGCUCUGACAUGGCCAAACGCAAGAUGGGCAGCAUCGGACGGAGUUGGAUGGUGGCACUCGUACUGCUGUGUAAUGUAACAAAGUUUUUUGUGAAGGCUAGCCUGGAGGUCAAUGAAACCCAACACCAGCAUCCAACCAAUGUCUACCAUGACAUGGGACUGACCAGGAACAAGAUAGUAACUGCACAGUUUGAGUGCUAUCAAAAGAUAAUGAAGGAUAACACCAACGGCAGACAAGAGGCCAUGUGUAAUCGCACUUGGGAUGGCUGGCUGUGUUGGGACGACACAAAGGCAGGAGUUAUCUCUGAGCAGCACUGCCCGGACUACUUCCAGGAUUUCGAUCCCUCAGAGAUGGUAACGAAGAUUUGCACUGACAGUGGUCAUUGGUUCCUGCAUCCUGAGAGCAACCGGACAUGGACCAACUACACCCGCUGCAAUGAACACACCAAUGAAGGCAGAGUGACUGCAAUGAAUCUUUUCUACUUAGCCCUCAUAGGUCACGGAUUGUCAUUGACCUCCCUCUUCAUCUCCCUUGGAAUAUUCUUCCAUUUCAAGAGUUUAAGUUGCCAAAGGAUCACCCUUCACAAAAACCUCUUCUUUUCUUUUGUUCUCAACUCUGUGAUCACCAUCAUUUGGUUGACAGCAGUGGCAAACAACCAGGAGCUGGUGCAGAGGAAUCCAACGAGCUGUAAAGUGUCCCAAUUCAUUCAUCUGUACUUGUUUGGCUGCAAUUACUUCUGGAUGCUGUGUGAGGGAAUAUACCUGCACACUCUCAUCGUGGUGGCUGUGUUUGCUGAGAAGCAGCACCUAAUGUGGUAUUAUCUCCUAGGCUGGGGCUUUCCUCUCAUUCCAGCCUGCAUACAUGCCAUUGCUCGAAGUUACUACUACAAUGACAACUGUUGGAUUAGCUCCAAUACAUCGCUGCUCUACAUCAUCCACGGCCCCAUCUGCGCUGCUCUUUUGGUCAAUUUGUUCUUUCUAUUGAACAUCGUGCGAGUGCUUAUCACCAAACUGAAGGUGACCCAUCAAGCAGAAUCGAGUCUCUAUAUGAAAGCAGUGAGAGCCACCCUUAUCCUGGUGCCUCUCCUGGGAAUUCAGUACGUCCUGCUUCCCUACAAGCCAGAGGGACGGGUCUCCUCUGAAAUAUACGACUACAUCAUGCACAUACUAAUGCAUUACCAGGGUCUGCUGGUGGCCACUAUCUUCUGCUUUUUCAAUGGAGAAGUCCAAGCGGUUCUGAGGAGGCACUGGAACCAGUAUCAAAUCCAGUUUGGCAGCAGCGUAGGAAACCACUCGGACGCCCUGCGCUCAGCCUCCUACACGGCUUCCUCCAUCACAGAGGUACAGGGCUGCUACAGCAUCGACAGCCACACAGAACACAUGAACGGCAAGGGCUACCACGACGCAGACGCCUCCAUCUUAAAAUCAGACAGCCCCUUCGCCUGACAGCGAAACUCCUCUCAAAUACUAUCCAUCCUAUCCCACCCGUAAAAAAAACUGCAGCAUUUUUGGAGCUCUGUGGCAACUAGGAAAAAUUUUCCUCUUCCUAAACACACGAUGUCAGAAGAAAGAGAGAGGAAAAGGUCUGUAUACCCCAGGCUCUUACCUACACCUGAAGGAAAUAGUCACCUCUCUGUCACAGGCCCUUUAACAGUACUGCAAGGUGAGCUCGGUACAGCUGUUCCUGCGCUGUCUUUUGUCUACAAUUUGCAACUGAACUGCUUCACUUGGACUAAGAUGCAUUCUGAUAAUCACAAUAUUGUCGCAAUCUUUCUGCUGGACAAAAUUGUUUUUAAACGGAUGAAUAUUAACUGCUUGACUAUCAUACUGAGGUCAUGUCGUUCACAAAAAGCCAUUGGUUACACUGUAAAAUUCUUUCGACAUGGUUAGUGCCAAAUCAAGAGAUCCUGCCUGCCUCAUUUAUUUUUUUAUUUUCAUUACAGAAUCAGAACAGAGUCAGGACAUCUAACAGGUGCAUAAUAAUAUAUUAAUGCUAUAUUGUAUCUUUCAAUAUGUUAAACUUAAUUUAUCUGAACAUAUUCUUGUUUAUUAAAUGAAAUUAAAAUAAAUACCACACAGUAUUUAUUUAAGUUGGCGCUACAUUUUCUCAAAAUCUGCCAACUUAAUACCAAUAUGACAUGUUGCCAGCUUCACAUACACUUUAAAAGCAUUUCUUGUUUGUUUCGGUGUUUGUUUCUAUGUUGUAUGCAGAUGAUGGUAUGAGUCAUACUGUUAGCUUGCACGCUUCAUUUUCUAGAGAUUUAAUGUUGCUUAUGCUAAUGUUUGAGCUUGUGUUUACUGUAAGCGAUCCUUUCUGACAUGUGUAUCCUUUAAACCACAUGGUAGGUUGUAAUGUCAACACAAUAUUAUCACCGAGAAGCCAACAUGAAAUCACAUGUACUCCAGUAUCUGCUCAUUAUACUUGAAUGUAACAGUUAAGUUUAAAGACCUGGCUCUGUUGAGCAUAAAUUCAUCACAUUCCCAUUCACUGCUGUCUUUAGCCUUAUUCUUCUCAAAUUACUUUAUGAUUAUAACUGACAUGUAAGCAUGACUGGGUGUUCAGACCGAAAACAGCACUGUGUUGGAAAAAAAAAAGGUGCAGGGUGGCUGCCUGAGUGAGGGUGUGUUGCUUUAGCUACUGGUGAGAAGAUUUUAUUUCACGUAAUAUUUCCUUGUGUUCGUACAAUCUAUGAAUCAGUUCCUCCAUACUGCAACUACACUUAUAGAAAUGAAGGACAAGACGACAGUUCUCUUUCUAAAAUUCAGUGUAAGCUGAUAGCAAUUAGCCAGAUCAAGUGUAUAUGCUUACGCUAGCUCGUCGCAUGUGUGUCUGUUGGUUCAGUCUUUGGUUCAGUCGAUGAAAGCCAAGUUCGCCAAAGUCCAAUGGAAACAGAAUGAAUCAUGACAUAUAUAUGAAGCAUGUGACUUGAUGUCCACUGAAGUUUCUCCUGCACUGUGGGGUGAUGAGGAGACUGUAACUUUCCCCAAAUUAAUACAAGAAACAAAAAAUAAAAACACAUUUCACAUAAUUUUCAUUCGAGUUUGGACCGACGCCCUUUUAAUUACGUCAUCUCGUUGUGCCCUCUCCCUCUGCGAUGUUUUACUGGCAGCUGACAAAAAUUAGUGAUACCAAAUAUUUUUAUUUUUAUGUUAAUCUCAAUGUAUCAACUUCUUAUCUCUGCAGAACAGUAGGGGAUGGAAACACAAAUUCAUUUGUUUUGAUUGAUGAUUUUUUUUUGGAAGUUGGUUUAAAAUUUCCACAUUGACAUUUACUGGAAUGCUUUACAAUACUGGGAGGCUUUGACAGUGACAAUCAUUUUAGCCUCUCGUCUUGAUGGUUGUGAGGUAAACAGAAUAGAACAGAUGAUGUUGUCUUGCAUUGUGGCAUAAGUUGAGUCAGGUUCAACUUUUUUGUCAAUGACCCUAUGAGUUUUUUUUAUUGUUGUUUAGUUUUUUUUUUUUUUUUACCAGAGCCUCUGCUGGGGCAACCCCCUGCAACAACGUAGUGACCUCCUUCAAUUGAAGGAGAGAGCUGCGAUUUUUUUUUUCACGUAUUGCUGAUAUCAGUCUGAACGCAGCCUUAUUCAGAAGUGCAUGUGAUGUGAUUAUCAUGUCUCACAAGAAGCUGUGCAAAAAACAUACUGCAAAAACCAUUCUCUGUAAAGCAUUUAACUAAAGCAGGCUGCAUCCAGACCUGUUCAAUAAACAUUGCACCUUUUCACA